AUGACAGGGAAAACGACGACGGACAAUGAUAUUGCAGUACCACCGGCCCAUAUCAACCUUGAUCAACGAAGAAGUAGCCGAUCUAAUGAGAAAUCGGAGAAAAAACCUAGCGUUAUACAGAAUAUGCUGCGGUUUUUGUACGAUCCAAGAAAGAAAACGGUUCUCGGCCGCGAUGCCUUAAAUUGGGCUAAACUGUCAACAUUUUAUAUGAUGUUUUACUUCUUUUUGGGUUGCUUCUUUCUUGUGUUACUAAACAUAUUUGCUUCGAUUCUCGAUCGUACGGAGCCACGAUAUCAUAACACCGAAAGUACAAUGGCUGUUCGGAGUACAGCAGCCGUUGUUGGAAUGGGGUUUCGACCGCAACCACUUAUCGAUGAUAGUCUUGUUCGAGUAUCCGAUGAUCCAACUGAACAAAUCCGUAUCGCAUCAUCUCUUCGACUCUUCCGCGAUGUCUUCCUCAUUCAAAACAGUGAUUCAAAAAUUGAGAAUUGUACAGAAGUAGAUCCAGCCUCAGACUUACCAGCAGGUACUGCUUGUGCGUUCAACUGGUUUUCUGUCGUUAAUACUAAUGACCACCCGUGUUCGGACAAUAAUUUGUAUGGUUUUAAACAAGAAAAACCUUGCGUACUUGUCAAACUGAACAAAGUUUAUGGAUGGAAACCAAGUACGGGUGUUUUACCAGUAAAUAUACAAAAACUUCGUGGUAUUCAUAGUAAUCGAAGUACUCAGAAUCCUGAUGUAUACGUCACAUGCGAAGGAACGAAUGUUGCUGAUAAUGAUGCAUUGAAAUCGAUGACUUACUAUUCAGUAUCGUAUCCAUCUGGUUCAGACAAAUUCGGUGUCAUUCCAAAUUACUAUUUUCCCUAUCGUAAUGCCAAAGAUCAUGUUCAACCGUUUGUUCUGGUCCAAUUUCAUGAUCUACCACUGAAUCGUCUUAUCGGUGUUACAUGCCGUGCAUGGGCACCAGGUAUCGAACAUAACGUUCGUGGUGUGCGCGAUGGUGUCAUGCUGCGUAGAUCAUGGAACUCCGUUGUGUUUGGCAUCAGUUUUAUGCUCAUCGGUUUUAUAAUUGGUACUCACUACUGGUCAGCGGUAGUUCAAUUCCAAUGUCCAUCAACGACAAUGCCAAGAACACCGAGAUUGGAAUUCUCAUUCUAUGAACAUUUUCAAUAUCGAACAAUGAAAACAUGUCGAAAUGAAAGUAAACAGAUAUUUCUGACGAUUGCGAUCCUUUCUUCUUACGAACGUCUUUUGAUUUAUUUACCUUCAAUAUUCAAUACGUGGGCGUCGUUGGCAACAGACGAAGUGGAGAUUAUUAUUUUCAUCGAAGAGAAAUUUUCUAUUCCAGAGGAAUCGAUUGAAAAAUUAUUUCUUCGAAUCACUCCUUCAAUGCAAUCCUGCUUGUUUACUGUUAAAUUAAAACACGUCGAGAAUGCAUAUCCACCUCAGAAGAAAAGCUUCUACGCCAUGAAAUUCAUGCACAUGUUCUAUGCACAAAGAACUUCAUGGAUCUUACGUUUAGAUGAUAAUGCUUAUGUUAACAUAGAAGAUCUUGUUCGAUGGUUAAAGUCUCUCGAUCAUAGGCGAACUUUUUAUAUAGGGCAAGGUGGAACUGGACGACGAAAUGGACCUCCUAUCCAUUUAUUACCUGGAGAGUAUUUUUGUAUGGGUGGUAGCGGGAUUAUUCUUUCGCAGCAAGUACUAGUACAGUUGGGUCCUUGGCUUGAUCACUGUUACAACCGAGAAAUUUUGACGACACAUGAAGAUGUCGAAUUAGGUCGAUGUAUAUUAAACCACCUUCAUAUCAACUGUACGAAUGCAUACGAUGCCAAAGACUUCUUCUACCAUCAUCACGGUCCUCGAUAUUCUUUUGCGUCUGAUUUAACACCGACGAUUCUUUCACGAGCAUUGACUAUACAUCCGAUUAAAGAUCAACAGAUAUUCUACCAGAUAUUCGCGUUUUAUCUUCGAAAGAAACGAGACCAACAAGUGCGUUUGCACAAGAAGCUACCGAUUGAACAGAAAGACUAUGUGACAUUUACAACAACGAUGGAAUUUGAUCUUGUUCGCGAUGCCCAUUAUCAACUAAUGGAUAUCAGGUGGAGAUCCUACAUACAGAAAAUAGUCAAAUCCUAUGUUGAAAGAGUCAGAUUGGUUUGGCACCAACGUUCGUUCAAUUGGUCAAUAAUAUCCGGUCAAUUUCUAUUCGGCUACCAUCGGGUCAUACCAUCAUAUUGUUUAGAAGCAACUAUUGAAAUCCUAUUGAAUAUACGUCUGAAUCUUCCAUCGUUUCUUCAAAAUCUGCUGAUUCGAAAACGAUUUCAUCUUCGACACGCAUUUGUGAGCAAACGUCAUCUCGAUUAUCGAGAAAUUUCUAUUGAAGAAAACGAUGAAAAUGCUCAUCUGUUGAACCUCAUUGUUGUCUCCAGUAACAAAGAUCCGAUAUUAUUUCGAUUUCUAGAACAUUUCAAACACGAAGUACUGGACCAUCCUAUUCGUUGCAAUCAAUUUACUCUGAGUAUACUUUAUUUUGCUUCACAAAACCAAUUCGUUCCUCAACAUAUCCGCCAGUUCAGCAGUCGAUAUUCUUCGAUUGUGAGAAUAUCGCUAGUCGAUCGGAAUCAAACAUCUUACAAUCGUGGACUCGGACGUCAAUUAGCCUCGAAAUUAUUCACCGAUAGAGAAAUAUUAUUUUUCCUCGAUGUCGAUCUCGUUUUCACGGGCCAAGCUUUGGAUAACACUCGUCGUUUGAUGCUCCAUCAAUUAGCUAUUUCACCGUGUUUCGUCUACUUUCCCAUCAUAUUUUCAUUAUUCUCGAAUAAGUUCACUGUCAAUAAUCGAUCAAGCUCUGACAUUGUUUCGGGAAUGGGUAGCUUUUCCAUCUAUGGUUAUGGAAAUGUUGCUGUACGUAAACAAGAUCUAGAUCGAAUUGGUGGCUGGCAAACGAACAAUCAAGAAUGGGGAUACGAAGAUGUCGAUUUAUUUCAACGCUUUAGUCGAGCAUCAACGAAUUGUACCAUUUUCCGGGCGGUAGAGCCUGGUUUAAAACAUUACUAUCAUCCGAAAAUGUGCCAUGAAAUUAUCGAUAAAGCACGUCGAAAAAUGUGUUCAGAUGCAAAUCAUGUUCUACUUGGAUCACAGGCACAGAUGGUUGAUUAUUUAGUGAAGAGUGACAAAAAAUUCUUUUAG